ACUGAAAAAAUGCUGCAGCGAUUUUCAAAAGUGGGCAUUCAAUUAACUCGACUCUGUUCCAACAAAGCAAGCCCAGUUCCUCUUAGAAGUAGGAAACCUAAAUCCAAAAGUCAUGUGGUUCAGAGCUUUGAUGACAUGAAGGCGGUGCGGGUGGUUGGGGGCAAGGGGGGAGAUGGGUGUAUCUCCUUCCUCCAGCUCUGGGCCAAUGAGAAGGCAGGACCUGAUGGGGGAGACGGAGGCAACGGGGGUCAUGUAGUUUUCAUGGCAACUCACAACGUUGCUAGUUUAAACCAUGUUAGACCAAUACUGAGUGGUUCCUCGGGUGAAGAUGGCCACAACAAAGACUGCCACGGGAAAAAUGCCAACCACACCAUUAUUGAGGUCCCCAUUGGCACAAUCAUCAAAGACAAAAACCUGCGAGUGGUGGGGGAUUUAGACAAGGAGGGGGCGAUGUUUAUUGCGGCCAGAGGAGGGGCUGGGGGACGAGGCAAUGCGUUCUUCUGCUCAGACACUCUCCAGGUACCAAACAUUGCGCAGUACGGCGCCAACGGAGAAUCACUCUCAUAUAUUGUGGAGCUGAGAAGUAUGGCACACUUUGGACUGCUGGGCAUGCCAAAUGCGGGCAAGAGCACAUUAUUGCAAGCCAUCUCAAGAGCUCGUCCUAAGAUUGCUCCUUACCCAUUUACCACUCUAAAACCUCAUCUCGGAAUGGUCCAGUACAGUGACUACGAGCAAAUAGCAGUGGCUGAUCUGCCUGGUCUGAUAGAAGGUUCGCAUCGUAACCGUGGACUGGGCAUAUCGUUCUUGCGCCACGUGGAGCGCUGCACCGCACUGAUACUCCUAGUGGAUGUGUCUGGCGCAGAGCCAUGGGAGGACGUAGCGGUGCUGCGACAAGAGCUCUCUUACUUCAGUCAGGAGUUGGCUACCCGUCCUCAGCUUUUAGUAGCUAACAAAAUAGAUGUCCCUGGAGCUGAGGAAAAUCUUGUUGCGCUGAAAGAAAAACUGCAAGAUGAAACCAUUCUCAGCCUAUCAGCUAAGAUGGGAACUAACGUUUUAGCACUCUUAAAAAUAUUAAGAUCAAUUUAUGAUGAUAGUUUGAAAAAGAAAUCCGUUAGCAGUAGUUCAGGUGUAGGAUGAGUGGUGACAUUAGUUAGUGUGUAAUUUUUGAGAAUAUGGAUACAGUUUGAAUAAAAUAAAUCUUUGA